GCCAGGAGACUGAUUUUGAUCAUCAUUCACACUUUCAUACUGUGCAGUUCGAUUUGGUGUGAACUGUGCAAUAAAAUUUGUUCCCAUUUUUAUAGGAUUUUGCUUCCAAACAAAUUGAAAUAAAACGUGGCAUAGUAAGUAAGCGAAUAUAAUGGAUAUAACAUCACUAUUCAAAGCCUCCGUGAAGACGGUACGCUUGAAAUCGUCCGCUAACUCGUUCCAAGUAGCAGAUAAAUCAAGGAUUCUUACAAAGCGAUUAAACAGUGAAUUUUCAGAAAGGGCAAAGAAAAUUCGCUUUCAGAUCACCCAGUUGAAAAACUUGCUUGUGGAAAAUCGUGCGGCGUAUAUGCAGUUUGCUUACCACCUCAAAAAUUCUGCCCAAAUGACCAACGAGGAGCGAGACAUAAUCGACCGCGAAUCGGAAAACAUAAUUCAGCUGUGCACUGCAAUGCUAAAUGAUUUCAAAGCCGAUUGUCGGAAGUCGAACCGUAGUAAACAGAUAUCCGAGUUCAUGGAUUUAGUAAUAGAGGCCUUGUCUAAUUACAUGAGUGCGGUUCACCAAAUAGCAAACGAGCAGCGACAGUUUCGCCUCCAACGGGAGCUUGAGACGUAUAAAUAUCUUAAACUUAACUCAGAUCGUAAAUCGCUUGCAGUAAUUCCAAAACAAUUGCUCAAUGGAUCAAUUAACGGAGCUGAGAAACAUCGGAAGACGGACGAUAAACGGGUUACUUUGCAUGAUGAAGAAGUAGACGAAGUGUCCGGUCGACUGGAAUACUCUAAAUCUAUGAUAGUUUCUCAAGAUGUUGAACUAGCUAACAGUAGCUCUUUUCUAGAAGAUGAAGAGCUUAGUCCAGAAGAUAUUCAGAUAUUCGAGUCGGAAAACGUUCAAUUGUAUAACGAAUUGAAAGGUCUUUCAGAGGAAGUUGAACAAAUAGAAAGGAAUGUUGUCGAUAUAGCACAGCUGCAGGAAAUUUUCACCGAGAAGAUUUCACUACAAAAAACAGAUAUUGAACGAAUUGCCAACACGGUGGUUGGUGCAACGGAAAAUGUGAAGGAUGCCAAUGAGCAGAUUAAACAGGCUAUUCAACGCAAUGCUGGUCUUCGGGUGUGGGUGUUGUUUUUUCUUAUUGUGAUGUCACUAACGCUUUUAUUCCUUGAUUGGUAUAAUGAUUGAUUUAAAGUGUUACAAAUACUCGGUUGCAUUUCGACUAAUGCAGUAGGGAGAUUACUAUUGAAAGAAUUUAUCAUGUUACAAGAUAAAUUAGCAGUUCUAUCAACUGAAGAAAUUUUUGUUGAAAGUAUAGAAACUGAUUGUGUGCAAUAAAAGAAUAAAGGGAUUGAAUCCGUUUCCUGCACAAUAACCAU